ACCGGGCCGAGGGGGCGCCGUCGGGAAGAGCCCUGCCGGGCUGCGUGCCUGGGGCGCCCGUCUGACGCGCGGCGCCGGCGGCUGCCUUGCAGGAUGGCGGAGGCGGCCGUGGAGGUGCGCGGGCUGACCCCGGACGUGGCGGACGAGCUGCUGGUGCUGUACUUCGAGAACCGCCGGCGCUCGGGCGGGGGGCCGGUGCAGAGCUGCCGGCGGAGGGGCAGCCGGGCCCUCCUGGCUUUCGAGAGCCCCGAAGAUGCGCAGAAUGUCCUGUCCAGAGCAGACCACGUCCUGCAAGAUGCGCGGCUGGUUGUCCGGCCUGCUGCUCCUCGGGAUUACGGGAAGCUGGCCCUCCGGGGCCUGGACCCCCAGACCAGCCUGGACCUGGUGGAGCUCUAUGUGGAACAUCUGUUGAAUUGCGAACGGGGCGACUUUUCCAUCUACCGGAGCCGUGCCGGGGACGAGGCGCUGGUGCAGCUGCAGCACCCGCUCAGCAACCCAGAGUUCCUGGACUUGGUGGAGCAGGUGCAGAGCCGGGCGCUGGAUGGGGCCAGCCUGGCACUGGACUGGGUGGAGCGGACGGACAGCCUGCUUGUCCGGAGCGGCGGUGGCAGCCGGCUGAGGCAAGACCUGCUGGAGCUGUACUUCGAGAGCAAGCGGAGCGGCGGGGGCCCUGUGCGGGCGGUGAGGCUGCUCCCCAGGGCCACGGCGGCCGUGGUCUCCUUCCAGGACGGUGCAGUGGUGGAACGGGUGCUGCAGCGAACCCAUCAGCUCACAGAUGGCAGCCUGGCUGUCUCCCCUCACUAUGACUUCCUGGAGCCCGCGGAGGAAGAGGAGGAGGAGGAGGAGGUGGCAGCGGCGGCAGGAGGAGGAAGGGCCUCGCCGGAGGACAGGGGGACCCCCCCGGUCUGCAUUGCCCUCCCCAGAGCAGCCACGCGGCGGCUGCUGCUGCAAUCGGACCUUGCCUUGCAGGAGCUCAGCGCCUGCGUCCCAGAGUGCUCGCUGCAGCUCGAUGAGGCCGGCCUGCACGUCCUGGGCGGGGAUCGGGAUCGCCGGCAGCAGCUGCAGGAGUCCGUCCAGGCGGCCUUGCAGGGCGUGGUCCAGGAGCGGCUGCCCUUCUCCACCUGGGUCCUGGACUUCCUGCAGCAGGAGGAGGUCAGAGGGCGCCUGGCGGAGCUGCUGGCCGAGCGGGGGCUGGCCGCCUGCUACAUCCCCGCCACGGGCGAGGUGCUGGUCACGGCCCUGAAGCCCGCCACGGCCCGCCUGGCCACUUCCCUCCUGGGCUCGUGGCUGAGCUCCAUCUCCCUGCCUGUGUCGGAGCGCCAUCUCCCGGCCCUGGCCUCGCCCCGCUGGGCCCAGGUGCAGGCAGGGCUGCGGUGCUGCCUGGUGCGCCUGGCGGAGAGCGGGGAGCGGCUGGAGGGCCUGACCCUGUCCGGGCUGGAGCAAGAGAACGUGGCGCAGCUGGAGGCCUUCCUGCAGGACAGCGCGCCGGAUGAGGCCCUGGUGGCCAUGGAGGCUGCUGCCCUCCGGUACCUGCAGCUCUACCAUCACGAGUUGCUGGCUGGCAUCGCCGACGUCACGCUGCUGCCCCUGGAGGGACCUGACAUCACUGGCUUCCGGCUGAGUGGUGAAGCCCGAGCCUGCCAGGUGGCGGCUGAAUUACUGCAGAGCCUGCUCAGCGCCACCCACACCCAGACGGUCAAGCUGCAGCUGCCCGGCAUUAACCGCUUCCUGCUGGACGAGCGUGGCCAGGCCACAGUGCGGGACCUGGAGAGGCGCUUCCGUGGGAUCGUUGGGCUGGAGCGGGUCUGCUGGAGUCCACCGGAGGCCCAGCAUGAGCUGGAAAUGUCUCAGGAGCCCCUGUCUCUGAGCUGCCGAAGGGAUCCCCUGCCAAGACCGGAGCCACCGGGGCGCUCAGGCAGCGGGGCUGGAGCCAACAUGGAAGAGAUCAAGGGCCUGCUGUCUGCCCUCCAGUCGUCCGGCGUUGCUGUUUCUGGACCCCAGGUGGGGAGAUCCUUGGCUGUGGGGAGCAGCAAGAUGGAGGAGGAGGAGGAGGAGGAGGAGGAGGAGGAGGACGAUGACAACGACGACGACGACGACCUGGACCUCUACACCGCCUCUGAGCAAGUUGAGUCGGCGCCGGCACGAGCUGGCCCAGAGGGGGCAAGCUUCUUGGACUCCCUGGGAGCAAUUGAGGACGGGCCGCUGCCCCUUGCCGCCCCUGAGAGCAGCACGUCUGAGGAGGAGGAGGCCCAGCUGCUGCUGGCCAUCCAGGAGUCCAUGGAUAGCGCAUGGCAGGAGGAGGAGGAGAUCCGGCGGGCCACGGAGCUCUCCCUGCGUUCCUGGGAGCGGGAGCGGGCGCCCAGUCCAGACGCCGCCCUCCUGUCUGUCCUGAGCGCUUCGCUGGAGGCGGCCGAUGAGGCUCAGCUCGUGGUCUGCGUGGGCUCGGAGGACGGCGUGGCGCCUCUGGCCCACGAGCUGGAGAUGGCGCUGCGAGCGCAGCUGCGGGAAGAGACGGUGCACAACGAGGCCUUGCGCUCCCUGCCUGCCCUCUGCCACGGCUACCUGGCCCACCUGGAGCGCAAACACGCAGUGCGUAUCUUGCUGGACGGAGCGGUGGCCACGGUGUGUGGCUUUGUGGACUACCCCGUGGCCGCCACCCGGGACCUCGCACUGCUGCUCACCCGGUUGCUGCAGGCAGAGGCGGUGGCCGGCGCCAGGGACGCCGGGGACAGCUGCUGGGUCCGCUGGGAGUCUGCUGGGUGUGGCUCCCCCACCCCGUACUCAGAAGAGGCCAGCACCCUUCUGGAGCAAGCGUGGCGCCGUGGACACAAGCGCGUGGACGUCUUCUUCGACGGACGGCCCUUCAGCAUCGACUUCGAGCGCAUGGAAGAGUACGACCUCGGGAACGCCCGGUCUCUGCCCAUCGGCCGCACCCAGCCCCCACCUGUCGCCCCCCCAGGCCCCCCUGACCCUCCGGCCCUGGCUGAGGAGAACGUGACGCUGAUGCCCUUGGCCGAGGGCUCGCUGGAGUUCCGGGAGACGGUUCGGCACUUCUACGACACGCUGGAGGAGUUCCACAACAAGAUCCGCAUCAUCAAGGUGGAGAAGCUGCUGCACCCGCUGCUCUACCAGCAGUACCACCUGAAGAAAGCGGCCAUGGAGAAGGCCUGCGGGCACCGGGAGGUGGAGCGGCUGCUCUACCACGGCACCAACGAACAGUCCAGCCGCGAGAUCUGCCAGCACGGCUUCAACCGCAGCUUCUGUGGCAAGAACGCCACACACUAUGGCCACGGCGUUUACUUUGCCACGAAGGCCUUCAUCUCGGCGCAGGACAAGUACUCGCCCUGCAGCGGUGACGGCAACAAGUACAUCUUUGUAACCCAGACGCUGGUCGGGGACUACACGACGGGCAGCCACGGCAUGCGAGCGCCACCCCUGCGCGAAGGGGAUGCUGCGCUCCAGCGCUACGAUAGCACGGUGGACAACUCCCAGGAGCCCUCCAUCUUCGUCAUCUUCAACGACACUCAGGCUUAUCCGCAAUACCUCAUCACCUGCCGCUGGUCCAAGCCACGCUGAGGGGACGUGGGAGGAAGGACGUGGACGACGCUUGCGCCCUGAUCUCCACCCCCGCCCUCUCCAGAGCUACCUCAGUGGCCUUCUGAUUCACAAGUGUCCUUCCUGCUGUGGGCUGAAAGGGAAUCUGGGGCCAGCUGGAAAAGAGGGGACGUUCUUGGCCUGAUGCUCUCCUGAGUUGGGGAAACAGCGGAGAAUCCAGCACACACCUGGCUGGCCAUGCAGCUGCAUGAAGGGCGCUGGUCCCCCGUGGGGGGCAACUGUCCCGCCCAAGGACUCUGCUGGUGACGGGCAGGGAGGGGGCAGCACAGCAGCACGGGGGG